UAUCAGUAUUCCAAAUAUUUUUCAUCAAUAAUCUCUAUUACAAACAUUUAUGAACAUAUAUUGUAAAUAAUGAUACACCAUGGUUGAUCAUUGUAGCAUGAAUAAUUAAUACAAAAAAAACGACCUUGAUGACCUGCGCCAACAACAUCGAUUUUACUCAAUGAGCUUAAAUUGAGUGCAAAUCAAUGAAUAUGAUUUUUCAGUGCAAAAAUGGAACAAUAAUAUGAAUAUCAUAUUACUCUAUAAGUCCCUUUAUCUGAUUAGAUCAAAAGAUUUUUACUUUAUCAUAGAGAAUAACGUCGAUUUUUAAAUUUAUUUUCAUUUCAAAGUAUAAUCCUGCUAUUCUCUCACACAUGUUUCCUUAGCCUUGGAUAUUUGAUAUGUCAAUCAAUUCUUAGUAUAUAAAAAUUUCAUUGAAUUCAUCAUAAAAUAGUAUUCAACAAUCAAGGUGAAAAUGUUUUUCAAAAUUAUUUUUCUUUCAGCUCUUUUAUCAUUAACAACUAGUGAUAUGAUAAAAUCACAAUUAUUUCAUCAUCUUUCAAUUUCUGAUCCAUAUUAUACAAAUAUUCGAACGAAUUUUACUACAAUUCCAGAAUUUUAUAAAAUACCUGAUCUUCAUUUUUCCUAUUGGAGUGCACAUCCAGUAUUAUGUGAAAUACAAUUUCAAGGUUCAUGUUCAUCAUUAAUAGAAAAUACUCAAACAAUUAUUCGAUUUAAAUAUGAUAAUCAAUAUGCAAAAAUAAAUGAUUUAGAAUUAAAAAGUCCAGUGAAAGAUAUUGUUACAUCAUGUUCAAAAUUUGGUAGUGUUUAUUUUCCAGCUGGUACUCAUACAAUUGAUGUUGAAAUACAAACAUUUGGUGGAAUAAAAAUUUAUUUUGGUGAAUUAUUUAUAAAAAUGACUGAAUCGGCUUGUCCAAGCGUGACGGAAUCACGUUUUUUCCUCUUGUCUUUGUAA